GCGAGGUAAGGAGGUGGUGGAGCGCUGUGUGAGCCGAGGCAGUGAGGCAGUUGAGAUGAGCACAUCAGAGCUGGAGUCAGAACAGAGCGCAGCUGCCCUAACAUGCUUCCCUUGACACUGCACAGCUACCUCUGCGCUCGAAUGAAGGUUUGCAGUCGAAGCUGAGGAUGGCAGGAGAUUCUCGCGUCCACAUGGACCACGACAUGGAGAUAGGAGUGACUCCAAGAGAGCAGGUGAAGAAACUCCCCAAGUACCUGAGGGAAGCACAAAUCCCCACAGAUCGCACCCACCUCAUCUCUGAUCCUGUUAAGAAACCCCGCCAGCGCUAUGUACAGAAAGACGGCAAGUGCAAUGUUCAUCACGGAAACGUUCAAGAGACCUAUCGUUAUCUCAGCGACCUCUUCACAACACUGGUCGACUUACGUUGGCGCCUCAGUUUCUUCAUUUUCACCUUGGUCUACGUUGUCAACUGGCUCUUCUUUGGGUUUUUGUGGUGGCUUAUUGCACUAAUACGAGGAGAUCUUCUACACGCAGAUGAAGAGGGCUGGACCCCUUGUGUUGAAAACCUCAACAGCUUUGUCUCGGCUUUUCUCUUUUCCAUCGAAACCGAGACCACCAUUGGCUACGGCUAUCGUGUCAUCACGGAGAAGUGCCCAGAAGGGAUUAUACUUCUACUGGUGCAGGCCAUCUUGGGGUCCAUUGUCAAUGCCAUGAUGGUAGGUUGCAUGUUCGUAAAGAUCUCGCAGCCCAAGAACCGAGCAGAGACGCUGAUGUUCUCCCACAAGGCCGUGAUCUCGGUUAGGGACAGCAAGAUGUGCCUGAUGUUCAGAGUGGGUGACCUGCGGAAUUCGCACAUUGUGGAAGCGUCAAUCCGUGCUAAACUCAUUCGUUCACAGCAGACGAAGGAGGGCGAGUUCAUACCGCUCAACCAGACGGACAUCAACAUUGGCUUUGACACAGGAGACGAUCGCCUCUUCCUGGUAUCGCCUCUCAUUAUCUCCCACGAGAUAAAUGAGAAGAGUCCUUUCUGGGAGAUGUCCCGGGCACAGAUGGAGAAGGAAGAGUUUGAGAUUGUCGUCAUCUUGGAGGGUAUGGUCGAAGCUACAGGCAUGACGUGUCAAGCGCGCAGCUCCUACCUGGACUCUGAAGUGCUGUGGGGCUACCGCUUCACCCCGGUGCUUUCUCUGGAAAAGGGCUUCUACGAAGUCGACUACAACAACUUCCACGACAUAUACGAGACCAACACCCAAACCUGUAGCGCUAAAGAACUCUCCGCUCGAUUAAAAGAGAGUCCGCUCCUCCCUCACCUGCCGCUCCUCAGCCCCGACCUCAGGCAGCACACAGACCCCUUCUCCAGCCAAACCACACAGGACGAGCGGGAGAAGGAUGGCGAGAAGCCCACAGAGACCAACAACGGCUCUGCCAACCGCUUGGAGGAGAACCCUUGAGGGAAGCCCUGCUCCGAAUUGACUCAAGGACUCAGUCUGUAGAGACUGGCAAGCUUCUUUCCCCUCGCAUGGAGAAAUAGCCUUGCAAUAGCCAUGCAAUACGACCCCCGAUUCCUCUAGAGAGCCGAGCUGAUGUGUAGAUCGAGGUUAGACACACAAACAGAUGAGAAUCCGUAUAUAUUUAUAAACCUAUGCGUACUACACAUAUUUUAGCUUUAUAAACUCUGUUGUGCAGGUUUGCAUGGUAUCAGUCAACGCCCUGUACCUCAAGGACAAAAUAGUAGCCAUAUACUGUAUGACCCAGAGGUCAAACCCCUUAAUCUAACCAUUGCAAAUCAGCUUUAAUAGAAUCCCAAUGCAAACACAACGCUUGCGUGUUUAACCACCGCGAAGGCCCGCGACGUUGGUUUCUUUAAGCUAAUCUAUUGUAUGUUUUAUCUGCAUUAUAAUGAUGCAUUAGAAUUAUCAAUUUCCCCCUCAUAUCGAACUGCAUGUGUUUGAAAUUGAUGCAAGAUGGAAGCUGGAAAUAUCACCAGACUAAAGCACAACCGCUGCAGUGGCAGACGUAUGGUUUGAAAACCUGCAGUUAACUAAAAUAACGGCGACGAAUGGAAAUACCACACAUGCAUUGUCUCUGUGAAGUUCAAUCUUGCCCAGUCCACGCUCCUGGACUCGUAUUUCAUCUCUAUCACAUUUGAUUUGUGUGCAAGUUUGAGGCCACGCACGUGAGACUGUCAGUCGCAUUUCCAAGCGGUCCGAAGAACUGUGUUUCAAAGCAUGAACCCUAAGGCAAGUUCUACACACUUUCUAAACAGGGUAUUUUCUAAGGCAUGCAGACUUGAAAAACUCAAACACUUUCUACAAAAAUUGUCCAGUUGAAUUCUGGGUUAAGGUGAGAGGAGAGCUCCAUUCACAGCAGAGACAACGGUGCAGUAUUUUAAAGACGCAUUUUAAAGGGAACUCACCUAUGACAAGUCAUUUUCACAGAAUAAUAUUAUAU